AUGAGUUCCAUUGCCAAGUCUAAACUUGUUAUUACUCUGGUUGUGGUGGUUGAGGCGGUGUUGUUGACUGCUUGGUUGGUACGAGGUAAUUGUUUCUGUUACUAUGUGAUAUACAUGUGUAAAUGUGCCCUUACGAACAUUUUUUUAAGAUUUCUGUAACUUUUAAUUGAACAAGUAAAAAUCUUAAUUUAUGCAAAUUAAAAUUUGAGAUAGCUUACAAUUAGUAAUAAGACAAGAAAAACAUCGUUUGUAUAAAGUAAUGUAUUACAUACAUUAAGAGAUAUAUAAUUAAUUAAUUUUAGAGUAUUUCGAGUUUGACUACACAUGUUUCAUUUCACAAUUACAAUAUAAAGAUGUGGACAGUGAUCUACUACCAGAAGAUGCAGCCAGGUAAGUAGUUUAGUAUUAUGCAAUGAUUUUUACAGUAUGACUAUUACAAAAACAACACUUAUUAUAUUAUAUAUAUAAAUAUAAUAUAAUAGUAGUCUUGUAACAGUACGUUAUAGCAAUUAACCCAGAAAGUGCGAGUAUACAAAUAAAAUUAGUAUUGUAACAUAAAUAUUAUCCACUUUAGGUUAAGGAAAAGCCGAGAUGUCUUCGCUUUUUCCCAAACAGAGACAGACGUUCAGAUGGAGACUUUACUGAGCAUCGACAAUGUGAAUGGUAUCCGAACCAAAACUACCAGAAAUAAAUCUUAUCUUGGGCUGAGGAAACGACGGAAAAAGAAGCCAAACAGCAAAGCUAUUCCGUCUACAACAACGUCUCCUAUAAUUUAUACUGUAUCACUUUCCAACAUUGACUCAAAAGAGUUGGAGUUUACUGUGACUGAAGAUACGACCACAACAUACCCAACAACAAUCGAUAUGGAUGUCAUUGGUUGUGCUGAUUGCAAUGUAAGAAGUUUUUGAGUAUUCAAACCUUCUUACCUUCAAUAUACAACAGACUAUCACAAGUUUUAUUAUCUAGUAUAUGCAAUAUAACAAUUCUUUAGUAUUAAACCUAACAAUGUCAUCUCUACAAUAACAUCGCAAAUUUUAGAUAAACCAAACUUCUGAAGUCAUCCCAACUCAAGACCAAGCCUUAAUGUUAGAGUUACAGUACUUCUCUCAGCAUAUGAUUUGUUUUGGCAGAACUCUACUAGACUUUUGGUCGUUGUUACAAGUCGUAUCUACUAGCCUGAUGCUCGUGGGUAUCUGGAUGAAUCUCAUUUACAUGUUAACACCGUUUCUCGUGCUCAAAAUGCUGUUUCUGGUUGUCAGCUUUAUUUAUGGGUAAGCUAACUAACAUAUUUCCACUUAAAUAUUUAAGAAUAUUGUCCAUUAUAACUCAAGGUUAACAUUAGACUGUAGUAAUUCGUUUUACAGAGUAACUCUGACGGUAUUCUCGGUGACACUAUUUAUAUUGGUCAAGGAAAUGAAAUGGCAAACGUUGAUUGACUGGGUGUCCUUUGCUUUGAUCAUGGACAUAUUGUUCAUCGUGGUCUCCUUCAACUUCCUUCUGAUUCUUCAAUGUUGUGAUUCCAUCUUCGUAGCUCCGCCAACAAAGCGUCGGCGGAGUCUGGCAACAUAUAACAUCGUCAAUGAUGUAUAG